UCCAGCCAACCAGCCAUCUUUUCCAUUUCCCAUAUUUCCAUUUUUCAUUUUCCAUUUUCCAGUUGUUGCCGACGCCUUCUUCUUCCCGCUAUCUCUUUAUAUUUUCUCAGCUAUGAUUUUCAAGAACCAAAAGCAUAAAUCCUCUUUUGAUCUGAUAAAUUCUCAGAAGACUUCAGCACUUCAGAAAAUGCAAUGUUAAAUAGUAGUAGUGAUAGUAGCAAGAGAGUAUCAAGAACAAGAUGAUGCCUAUGAAGACUAAAUCUAUGGGAAUGGGCUUAGGACUUCCACCGACACCGAAUACAGCCGCCGCAGCUGGCAGAAGGGGAGCUGGAGAUGUUGAUGGCGACUGGGAGAUGAGACCCGGUGGAAUGCUAGUUCAGAAACGUACAAGUUCGGAUCAAAAUCUACCUCCUCCUCCCACCAUCCGGGUUCGGGUCAAAUAUGGUGCUGUUUAUCAUGAACUCAAUAUCAGCUCCCAAGCCACCUUUGGAGAGUUGAAGAAGAUGUUAACAGGGCCAACAGGAUUGCACCACGAAGAUCAGAAGCUGAUUUUCAAGAAGAAGGAGAGGGAUUCAAAGGCUUUUCUUGAUACUACUGGAGUGAAAAACAAGUCCAAAAUUGUGUUAAUGGAGGACCCAAUUAGCCUAGAAAAGAGGCAUAUUGAGAUGAGAAAAACUGCUAAAAUGGAGAAGGCAGCAAAGUCCAUAUCAGAGAUCAGCUUAGAGGUCGACAGGCUAGCUGGACAGGUGUCGGAACUUGAAUCUGUCAUCUCAAGAGGUGAGAAAGUUGAGGAGAAGGAUGUUGUAAAUCUGAUUGAGUUACUGAUGAAUCAACUUCUCAAGUUAGAUGGAAUUAUUGAGGAUGUUGAUGUCAAAGUCAAAAUGCAAAGGAAAAUGCAGGUAACAAGAGUGCAGAAGUGUGUUGAGACUUUGGAUAUGUUGAAGAUCAAAAUCUCAACGCCAGAAAUCAAUGCAAGUGCAAAUGUAGCAGGCCCCAAAAUUCGCAGUCCAAUUCCCUCACAAAAGCACCAAUCAUCCCCAAUCCAACAAGGGCACAAGAUUUUGAAGGAAAAUGUGCCAUCUCCGGUGGGGAAACAGCAAGCUAGACAUCCGUUUGGGGUACAAAAGCAGCCUCAGCAACAUCUGCAGCAACCAUCCAGGCACUCAGCUUCGGGGCCCGUUGUGAUUACCACACAAUGGGAAACUUUUGAUUCCAUGCCUGCGCCAGUGGCACUGCCGACUGUUCCUCCGACAUCAACAACUUCAACAAGUACAGCCAUGGCUUCAGCUCAGCCUAUAUUCACUUGGGAUUUGCUUUAGAAAAGCUAAAAUGCCUGAUUGAUUUCAGUAUUUUUCUCAAGUUGGUUUGGUAUCCGUUCCCCAUUCUUUGCUGUAUGUAGAAUUUUGUUAGCAUACCCUGUAUGUUCUUGUCCCCAUUCGGCUGAGAAAUAAUUGGGGUCAAAAUUAUUACAGUAAUGAGAUACUUUUUCUUUUCUUGUUA